CCAGGUAGAGACUGUGGGGAGAUAUUACCAACUGUGUCCCAACGUGAGCAUCAGAUGAGCUGGACAUUUAUAUGCACUGGAAACUUUGAAUUUAUUUUUUUUAUUACAAAGCGAAUUUCUGUCAGGUUGAAGUGUGUCUGUGUAUCCAGCGAAGGGAGUUAAAAUGUCUAUUCACUUGUAUCAAAUGAGCAGUAAACUGCUCGGGGACACUUUAGGGAAAAUGAACGACAACCUGACCUCCGUGGUUUUGGCAGCCUCUGUCAUCACUCUCACUCUGGGAUAUAUUUCUAAGCUGCUGCUCAAACAGAGCCCUGACAAGGAUCUGAAGUAUCCACCCUUCAUCCCCUCCAGCAUCCCCUUCCUGGGCCAUGCUAUUGCAUUUGGGAAAAGUCCCAUUGAAUUUCUUGAAAAUGCAUAUGAAAAAUACGGCCCUGUGUUCAGUUUCACCAUGGUGGGCAGUACAUUCACCUACCUGCUUGGCAGCGAAGCCGCCACGCUGAUGUUCAACAGCAAGAAUGAGGAUCUGAAUGCAGAGGACGUCUACUCCAGACUGACCACUCCGGUGUUUGGCAAAGGAGUAGCCUAUGAUGUGCCGAAUCCUAUCUUUUUGGAACAAAAGAAGAUGUUGAAGACCGGACUGAAUAUUGCUCGUUUUAGGGAACACGUAAAAAUCAUCGAAGCGGAGACUAUCGAGUAUUUUCAGAGAUGGGGAGACAGCGGGGAGAAAAACCUGUUUGAGGCUCUGUCUGAGCUGAUCAUCCUGACGGCCAGCAGCUGCCUUCAUGGGAAGGAAAUCCGCAGCAUGCUGAAUGAGCGAGUGGCCCAGCUCUACGCUGACCUGGACGGAGGAUUCAGUCACGCUGCCUGGCUUCUGCCCGGCUGGCUGCCCCUGCCCAGCUUCAGGAAAAGGGACAGAGCUCACACAGAGAUCAAGAACAUCUUCUUCAAGGUGAUUCAGAAGCGCCGGCAGUCCGGAGAGAAAGUGGAUGACAUCCUGCAGACGCUCGUCGAUGCCACCUACAAAGACGGACGACCCCUGAACGAUAAUGAGAUUGCAGGGAUGCUGAUUGGUCUCCUCUUGGCGGGUCAGCACACGUCCUCCACCACCAGCGCCUGGAUGGGUUUCUUCAUGGCCAAAGACAAAGCUCUGCAGGAGCGCUGCUACGCCGAGCAGAGGGCUGUGUGUGGAGAAGAGCUGCCUCCACUUGACUUUGAUCAGCUGAAAGAUCUCAGCUUGUUGGAACGCUGCUUGAAGGAAACCCUGCGUCUCCGCCCACCCAUCAUGACCAUGAUGAGGAUGGCUCGCUCCCCUCAGACUGCAGCAGGAUACACCAUCCCUGUGGGGCACCAGGUCUGCGUCUCUCCGACUGUCAACCACCGUCUGCACGACACCUGGGUGGAGAGGAUGGAGUUCAACCCUGACCGCUACCUCAACGACAACCCUGCUGCAGGGGAGAAGUUCGCCUACGUGCCAUUUGGAGCUGGCCGCCAUCGCUGCAUUGGAGAGAACUUCGCCUACGUCCAGAUCAAAACCAUCUGGUCCACUUUACUGCGCAUGUACGACUUUGACUUGGUGGAUGGAUAUUUCCCCACAAUCAACUACACCACAAUGAUUCACACCCCUCACAACCCCGUCAUCCGAUACAAGAGGAGGAAACAGUGAGAGGAGCGCAGCAGAGACGGGAGGAAACAGUCCAACAUCCUGAGUGUGUGAAGCGAACCUGUAACUUCCUGGGACUUGAAUUUAGGAACAUUUAGAUGAACGCACUUUGAUUUGACUGAAUGUCCAGCUGUUUAGUUUUUGUGCUUCUUUCAGCCCUUUCUUUCUUCUGUCAGUAAUAACAUCAGCAUUUUUUGGACUUGUGUUUGCAGAGAUUUUCACACUGACUGUUUUACUCUGACUUCAACACAGAUUCUAAUGUUCACAAUGUGAAUUCUUAAAAACAGAAAUGCCCAGUUAACACAGUGCCUCGAUGGAGGAGAAAGGCUUGUGGCCUUGCAUGUUUUAUUCAGUGGCUAACUGCAAGCAGAGGCUCUUACUUGAGUCCAUAUUACAGAUUUGGGUGGGAGGAGGAAAUGAAGCUGCAGCUGUUAUUGCAUUAAGAAACAAAAAUGGUGCCGCCAUGACAUGCAGAUCUGCAAGCACGACCACUAUACAGUGUAUGUCUGGAUAUAUUUCCCAAACUAUUAGAAUUAUGUCAAAAUAUGGCUGUGCUGUGCCGAAACCUCAUCGUCUCAGCUGUGCAUUUAUUAGGUACUUCCAAACUGGAAUAUUUCACAUGCUUGAUACGCAUUUGUGAAAACCAGGAAAUACCAUGCACAUAUUUAUAACUUUCAAAUGCUGAGACUGAAAUAACACUAUCAACAUGUCAGCUUGUUAACAAAGAAAGUUGUCGCAAAGAAGAAAUUUUUUCCUGAGUCAAAUUUAAAUCUGCAUUCUGAAAAAACCCUAAUUUUACAAGCCAGUAUGAUUUAGUAACUUAAUAUUUACACACGAUGUUACUAGUCUAGCAACUCGCCCAUGAAACCACUGAGUGCUUCAUAACGACUGCUUUGAGCAGCUACAUGUGUAGGCUACCCCAUAUGAUUAUGUGGAUUGUGACAUGGAGUCAUCAUAUUUCUACAGUUGUUCUACAAUUGUUUUGUCAGUAGUAGACUUUACCACCAUCUACUGGACUUAAAGAUGUAAGGCAUUUAUGCCCUGUCUCCGAUGUUAACGAAAGUGAAAAAUAAUUUGUGUAUCUGCUCAGUGAGUCAGAUCCACUCCAAAAUUUUAUGUGUUCUUCCCAAGCGGCAACCUCCUAGGCUGAAAAAUGGAGCUAGCGUGGAAGUACCAAAAUCUGCAGCUCAUUAAAUGGCCACUGGCUGAGGCUGGCUCCAAAAGCAAGUCAAUCCCCAUGGAUGUUAAAAUGUCCAACUUUAUAGCAGAUAUAAUCUCUACAGCUAAUUUCAAGAGUCAUGACAACUGCACGGGUGGUGAAUUUUUAUGUAACUCACCUCUUAUUUUAUUAAGGCUUCAAGUUACACAUAAUUAAGGGUGUGGCUGCUUCAGUGACAAGCUGGCUGUGAGGUGACACUAUAGUCUAUGAGUCAGCUCCACCUUUUCGUCCAAAUUUGGUCACUUCUGGCUCCAGAAGACCAAGAUGAUGCUGGCAAAAAUACUGAACUUGAGUCAAAACCAACAAGUGGCUCUAUCCAUUAUUUUUUAUAUAGUCUGUGGUUCUUCCUCGGCCCAUGUUACACCCUUCCACCAAAUUAACCUGAAGACAACCUGCUUGGUGGAAAUAAUGACACAAAGAGCAAAACAGCACUGUGAAUGAGCUGCUGGGGGAUGUUACCAUGUGGUCACAGAUUGUUUUCCUUCAAAAAUGCAAAAAAUAAAUACCAAAAUAUAAAUAGCAGAUAAACUGUUAUGUUUAACAGUUAUGAGGAGAUAAACUGUUAUUCUUGCCCUCACCUGAAAUUUGAAUGAGGUGCUUUUAAAAAGGUGACCUGUACUGAUCUAAACGGACCUCGUUUAGCUAAUGAGCACUGACUAUCUUUAGUGUAAACAUUAAGUUACAAUGUCUCAUUGCCCAAGCUGUGUUGUGUCUUGGACUAGACUUAGACUCUGUAACAUGUCUUCUCAUUACAGAAAAUAUUGUCCUCAUCAUGGAAUAUUUGAUUUUGAUCUUAUUGUGAAUUUUGGUUCUGGAAAAAAGUUUAAUUCCUUCUUUCAAUAAAGAAACUUUAAAAAUAA